CUAUAAUAUUCCUUUUUCAGUGUGUGGUUGUGGACUUCACCAUCAUCGUGACGCAUGUCGCCAUUCAUCCAUUUCUUCACUUGAACCUGAAGAUGAAGAACUCGACAAUGAGAACUAUGAGGAGAAUGUUACGGAGCACGCCGAGGUUGAGAUGUGUGAAAAUGGUUGUCAAACAGAAGACAGUGGCGAUAUUGAAACUCAACAAAUCGCUACGAUUACACCAGCGCCCGUACCAGAAUCCACUCCUUCUUUGGUGACUACUUCCCCACCUGUGCAAUCAUCAACAACAAGGGAACGACGACAUGCCGGAUCGGGAAUAACGAAAGACUCACUAUUUCGCGAUAAUGUUGCUAAAAUGGCAGAGUCUACAGAAGAAGUUCUCCAGAAGAUCAUGCAGACUCGUGAACAACAGCCGCAAGUGGAGAAAAUCUCGGAAGCUGACCAACAACGUCUUCUUCAGUUCUGUAUCAAAAAUUUCGGCAUCGAUAACUUUGACAUGAUUCCACCUGAACUUGCCGGCUCCGAUGAGACGAUGCGCUGUUUCACUGCCACGCUCAACGCCAUCAUGCAGAAACGUCUUGAAAUCAUCAGCGAUGUGAGUAUUUGA